AUGAAUAGAAAAAACAGCCCUGUGCAGCAGAAAUUUCUCAUGAUGCACACUGCUCUCCUUCAAUUCCCUGGCGCGGGUGUCAACCCGGCCCACACUCACCCUCGUGCAUCCGAGUAUCAGUACCAUACUGAUUGGAAUAAAUUGGCUACAGCUGUUUCUGCAUUUGGUAGCUCGAAUGAAGGAACCGUUUCACUUCCAACAACUCUGUUUGCUACUGGAAUCGAUGAUCAGAUUCUCGCAAAGUCAUUCAAGACUGAUGUUACUACCAUUCAAAAGAUCAAGGCUGGUCUUUCAUUCUAG